AUGAACGAGACUUUAGGACGCGGGUAUGCCCGCAUUGAAGCUAUCCGAGCGGCCCGUGGGGACCUGGCUGCCCCGGGAGAACCAGCCGAUCCACCUCCGGACCGAUAUAAUUCAGUCUACUUUACCCUAUUCGUUGCAGGAGCAGCAUUUCUCCUUCCAUAUAACAGUUUCAUAAUGGCAGUAGACUACUUCCAGUUUCAUUACCCUGGAUCGACUAUAAUGUUCGAUAUGUCGACAGUGUAUAUUGCCUCGGCUUGCGUUGCAGUAGUAAUCAACAAUUUAUUGCUUGAUCUCUUCACGUACAACACUAGGAUCACAUUUGGAAUCCUUGUUUCUCUGGCUGUGAUGUUAUUUGUAGCAGUAUGCAACAUCGGCUGGGACGGAUUUUCAAGACAUGUAUCGUAUAGCAUAAACUUGGUUGCUAUUGGCGUUGUAGCGUUUGGUUGCACUGUGCAACAAGCUUCGUAUUAUGGUUUCACUGGGUGUCUACCACCUAGGUAUACACAAGCUGUUAUGGCAGGAGAAAGCGCUGCUGGUUUCUGGGUUUCAAUAGACCGAAUUGUCACUAAGUACGGAUUCAGGUCGCCUCAACGGAGCACUUUCAUGUUCUUCGUGUUUUCAAUCCUUAUAUUAUUGGGACAUACCAUGUUGCACCACGUUAUGAUGCGUCAUCCGUUAGUACAGCACUACUUGCGAUUGACCAACGAAUCGCGACAUCGAAGGCGAAUCCAGCUUCAUUUGAAUCCAAAUGAGGAUGCUACAUUGAUGGAGAGUGAAACUGCGGAAUCCAGUUAUGGUGUACUCAAGUUACAAAGUCCUGCAGUGUCUGCCAAUCAAGUUGCAGGUGGAGGCGAAACAAGUGCGUUCAGUUUCGCGAACCCAUUAUAUUCACCCACAGCUACGAGUGCCUCGGUUCCGCUUGCGUCACCGCCUAGCUUGUCGGAACCUUCCGCAUCACCUUCUUUAUUGCAUACACCACGGCCCUCUUAUAAAGUUGAAGAUGUAGUCUACGAAGCACCUGAGAGACCUACUUCUUGGCGGGCUUUUAAGCGCGCUGUUUUAGCCCGAUGGGCUGUGGCUCGUGCGAUCUACCCCUACAUGGUAUCCAUAGGUUUGGUGUACUUUACGACGCUCAGUCUUUACCCAGGAAUUUCGUCUGAGGUGCCUUCCUGUCAUCUUGGAUCCUGGAUGCCCAUUAUAUUAAUGUCUGCUUUUAACUUAUUUGAUCUCAUUGGAAAGAUAGCAGCAGCAUGGCCUUACGAAUGGAGCCGGAGUCAGCUGCUGAUGGCCAGUGGUCUACGUUUGCUGCUAGUGCCUCUGAUGUUACUUUGUGCUGCACCGAGGCAUUCACCACACAUCGUUGGCGAUAUCUACCCUAUUAUGUUCUCAGUGGUGCUUGGUUUUUCGAAUGGUCUCUUUGGAUCAGUCCCUAUGAUAAUGGCGCCGUCACGCGUUAGCCGAGAACAUCGAGAAAUAGCUGGUAAUAUGAUGACGCUCUCCUAUAAUGGCGGCCUGCUAUCUGGUUCUCUUGUCUCCUACCUACUUCUGAGCAUGUUGGGCCCUCCAGCUGGAUCUCCGUGCAGAAUCUACCCCACUCCACCGCUACCGACCAUACCUACGACCACUGCGACCACCACUAUCGCUCCUAACUUCACUUUAACGCACUAACUGUAUUAUUACCCGUAUUCUUUACAAUAUGGAGAUAAUAUAAUAUUAAAACCUAUCUAACGAUUUACUAAAAGUAUGAUCAAACACAAUCGACUUGCAUUUGUGUUAAUUCCAAGGGUUAAAAAAGGUAACCGUCAUAAGGUUUCAGUGCGUGCAAAUUUGAAAUAAAACUUACAGGUAAGGUAAAAUUAUAAUGUCCUGAAAGGUUCUGUACCUGUAACUGAAAAAACUUUUACGUUUUAAAUUCCAUCUUAUUGUCAUGGACUAUAUGUUCAAUUUUGCACGCGCUGAAACAGUUAUAAUCAAUGUUGCCUUUUUUGGUUAAUUCACAGGUAAAUACUUGCGGUAGGUACACGCAUUGACACAAGAUACCAAAACUUUGUUGACCUUUUGGUUCU